AUGGCAGCUACGGUGUUGGGAAAGCGUGCCCGCUCAGCCGCCGAGGAAGCAUUACCGGUGCGCACAACAAGCAAGCGCCGCACGAUCGCACCUCGAGCCCCCCGUGAAUUUGCUGCGCCUGCCUCGACAACUCUCCGUCGCACACGAUCCAGCGCACGACUCGCGAAUCAGCCGCCGCCGGACCAGGAGAACAACGAAACCCAGGAAAAGACCCAUGCAAAGACCCAGGAAAAGGCGCCUUCUAAGCACACAAAGCCGGUCCCUGAUGAACCAACUAUAGAGGGUGAAUCUCCAACCAAGAUCAAAUCGCAUUUCCGCACCUCGAAGCUUGUUCUGGUAGAGGAGGAGCCCGAGAAGCCCGCACCAGUUGUUGAAUUCAAAACUCCCCAGAAGAACCGAUACCGAGAUGCCCUGCAACAUUCUCCAGUCACUCCCCGGCAUCGCGUCCAAGUCGGUGCCAAGUCAUCGACUCCCAGAACCCCUCGGCACGCCGAUCUGCCUCCCACCCCACGUCCAAGUGCUACACCCACUGUUCCGCAAUCGGUCUAUUCCCAAGCUCGCCAAUUGUUCGCUCGUGGUGCCAACUCAGGCCGCCUUGUGGGACGUGAUGCUGAACGAGAAAAGGUUGCUACGUUUGUCAAGGGCUGUGUGGAUUCCCAAAGAGGAGGUUGUCUCUACAUUAGCGGACCGCCGGGAACAGGAAAGAGUGCAAUGGUCGGCGAAGUCUGCCAGGAUAUGGAUCUGUCGUCCGUGAAGGUGUCUCACGUGAACUGUGUGAGCAUGCGGAACGCCCGUGACGUCUACAGCAAGCUCAUCCAAGACUUCGGAGACGAGACGGAAGUGUUCAAGAAAAGCGAAGCCGAUCGAUUGAAGGACAUGUUCCUCCCGUCCAAACCUGAUGGUCUCUAUCUGGUCUCCCUGGACGAAAUGGACCAUCUCUUGAUGGGAGAUUCGGGUGUUCUGCAGUCUCUGUUCGAAUGGUCCCUCCAUGCCAAGUCCACCCUCAUCCUAAUCGGCAUCGCCAACGCCCUGGACCUGACAGAUCGAUCUCUCCCGCAACUCAAGGCAAAGAAUCUUAAGCCUAUCCUGCUGCCUUUCUUGCCUUACAAUGCGGCCUCCAUUGCCAAUGUCAUCACCAACAAGCUGCGAUCUCUGCUUUCGGCGGGUGAGGACUCGGAUCCCAAGUUUGUCCCUUUCCUACAGCCCGCGGCUAUUCAGCUUUGUGCGAAGAAAGUUGCCUCGCAGACCGGUGACCUUCGAAAAGCAUUCGAGCUGAUCAAACGCGCUAUCGAUGUGAUCGAGCAAGAAACGCAAUCAAAAUUGCAGAAACAAGCUGCCGAGGCCGAGAACGCCUCAAUACUCGCAGAGAAUAAGAAUCUCUCGACAACUUCGUUGAAGCCUAAUCCAGCCCCUCAGACCCCAAGCAUGGCAAGCUACACUCCUGUCACAGCACCUCGUGCCAGCAUCGCCCACGUUGCACGUAUCACAACAUCAGCAUUUGGCCAGGGUACCAUUCAAAGGCUCAAGGGUCUCAAUUUGCAACAAAAGGCUGCCAUCUGCACCUUGAUUGCUCUAGAGCGCAAGCGCCGCCAAUUCGAAGCUCCCAGCACGCCCUCGAAAUCUCGCUCGGGAGCCCCGACUGUCAAGCAGGCAUUCGAUACUUACUGCAUACUGUGUCGAAACGAUAACAUCCUCCACCCUCUCACAUCUACCGAGUUCAAAGAUGUUCUCAGCAACUUAGAGACCAUGGGACUGGUGGGCGAUUACCAAGGUCGGGGUCGCGGUGGUACCGUGGCUGGUGGAUCUGAUGUUCGCCGAACACCUUCCAAAUCUGGCAACGUGAUGUCUACUCCUCAUAAGAGUAUGGAUGAGCAAGGUCUCCUUUGCUUCGUCUCCCAGUCAGAAAUUGAGGGCCAAAUCGCCGGGCCUGGUGAGGGCAUCCUGAGACGCCUGCUUCGGGGUGAGGGUCUGUAG